GCGUUGAUGGGUCUCCACAGUAUCAUAAUGCGGUUAUAAAUGCUAAGUACAGGAGUUCCACCGCCUUCAUGUUAUCUACAGUUCUCUAUUGGACACGCAUGGAGGAGGGAGGCGUGAUACAGAAGAGAAGAAGGACUUUAUAUGAGGCUGUAUCUGGUUUCGGUGAAAGCCUGUAGAUUUCCUGUAUAGGCCUGAGCUGCAGAGUAUUCAACAAACAAGUGGAGGACGUGAAGACCUGUAAAGGUAUGGAGAGAUCUCAGUAUAUUCUAGUGGAGGACGUGAAGACCUGUAAAGGUAUGGAGAGAUCUCAGUAUAUUCUAGUGGAGGACGUGAAGACCUGUAAAGGUAUGGAGAGAUCUCAGUAUAUUCUAGUGGAGGACGUGAAGACCUGUAAAGGUAUGGAGAGAUCUCAGUAUAUUCUAGUGGAGGACGUGAAGACCUGUAAAGGUAUGGAGAGAUCUCAGUAUAUUCUAGUGGAGGACGUGAAGACCUGUAAAGGUAAAAUGUCCAGAGUAAAGAAUGACUUUAAACUUACCACCGCUGAUGACAGCGAGAGGGUUGGUCGUGGUCAUGAUGUCACCCUCCACUGUCACCUCUCCCCCAAAACCAGUGCGGUUGUCAUGACGAUCAGGUGGUUUAAGGGGACAGAGUGCAUUUACCUGUAUAACAAUGGCCAGGUGACAGAGAGCGUUGGCUACGAGGGCAGAGUCAGUCUGAUGACGCCUGAGCUGGAGGGAGGCAACGUGUCCCUGAGGCUGAGAGACUUCAGGAGGUCAGACGUAGGGCGGUACAGAUGUCAGGUCGUCCAUGGAGAACAGAAGGAGGAGGCUGCAGUGAGUUUAGAGGUUGCUAGUGGAUCACGAUUGGACUUUGCUAGGUUAUAUGGAGCGGCUUUUGGACAGGUCUCUGAAGUGGCCCAGCCAGAACCCGGACUUAAACCCGAUUCAACAUCUCUGCAGGGACCUGAAAAUAGCUGUGCCACGACGCUCCCCAUCCAACCUGACAGAGCUUGAGAAGAUCUGCAGAGAAGAAGGGGAGAAACUCCCCAAAUACAGGUGUGCCAAGCUUGUAGUAUCAUACCCAUGAAGACUCGAGGCUGUAAUCGCUGCCGAAUGUGCUUCAACAAAGUACUGAGUCUGAAUAUGUAAAUGUGAUAUUUCUGUUUUUUAUUUACAUUUUUAAUACAUUUGCUAAAAAGUCAAACAACCUGUUUUUGCUUUGUCGUUAUGGGGUAUUGUGUGUAGAUUGAAUACAUUUUAGAAUAAGGCUGUAAUAUAACAGCAUUUUGAAAAAGUCAAGGGGUCUGAGUACUUUCUGAAUGGACUGUAACCCAGCGAAUCAGAGAGGAAGGGAAACUACUGGAGGACACUACCAGAGAGGUGGAGAAGAGGAAGAGAGACUACUGGAGGACACUACCAGAGAGGUGGAGAAGAGGAAGAGAGACUACUGGAGGACACUACCAGAGAGGUGGAGAAGAGGAAGAGAGACUACUGGAGGACACUACCAGAGAGGUGGAGAAGAGUAAGAGAGACUACUGGAGGACACUACCAGAGAGGUGGAGAAGAGGAAGAGAGACUACUGGAGGACACUACCAGAGAGGUGGAGAAGAGGAAGAGACAAGUGGAUGCACUGGGACUCGAACAGCCAAGUAGAGAACUUCAGAGUCCAACUGCAGCGUCAUUCCCCCCUAAAACAAAAAAAAGCACAAGGAAGAGGAUUUCUGACAACCACCAUCUCAGAUUGUUCUAAAAAUCCUUUCUGUCGUUAGAAACAGAUGAGAUGAGCAUUUCUGAAAAAUCAUUUUGUUGAAACAUAUUUUGAUCUCUGACCCCCAAUUGGCCAUUUUUAUUUAAAGUGUUCAUAUAACCUUCAAUAAAUAUUGUACCUAACCUA